AUGACCAUACCAGCCCCUUCUUCACCUCCCAGAGUGUUGAGGAAUCAAGUCAUCAUCUUCUCCCCUCCUAAAGUCGUAGAAAUCGAUUCGGUCAUCUCGAAACGACCUUCGACGCCUCCUGAUGCUCCGCCUGCAUCGCCUACGCAAAAGGAAAGUACGACAAAGAUACCUGUAUCGGCCAAGAAACAGCCUCCGAUCAAGAAGAAGCCUUCCAUGACCAUCGUGAUGGGACCGCACUCGUACCAGCAAUUAGACCUUUUCUCUUCCGAUGAGAGUUCCAAUGAACACACCCACUCCUCAUCUCAAAGCUUCGGUAGAGGUGUACACAUCCGGUCAAAGACUGUCUCGCCCACUCCUACUCCACGUAGACCUCCUCCGAUCGCUUCAGCGUCCGACCGAGCAUUCACACCGUCGCCCGAGCCCAUAGACUGGCUGGACUUUUCGGAUCCACAAAUAGCUUACGAAGAGUAUGGUUCAGUGUUUGAAGACUUCGGCUCCUGGUCAGGAGAGAGUUCGAGCGAUGGAUACGAUAGUCCAAGUCCGGUGAUCAUCACUCCCGAGGUUUCUCAAGCUGCUCCGAGGAUGGUAUUCAACUCACAUGAUCUCUCUGUAUUGUUUGGUCAACCAGCUUUAUUCCUACCCCCCACUCCUCCAUCCACACCUUUUAUAGCGAGAAAGAGAAUAGCAAGUAAAUCGCCUGACCUCUCUAUCAUUCUAUCGGUAUCUACGCCUAGCACUCCUUUCAAUACUUCCAGUACGCUACCCAUCCCUCACUCACCUUCCAGUCUCAGUGCACCUGGACGGCUCUUCAAUUUAGUAUCGUCUCUGGAUAUAGACUUAAGACUAACAGAGGGGGUAACAACUGAGACUUCUCGGGAUGAACAAGUCAUCAUCUCUGAAUCAGAUGGGGUAAAGGAUAAAAAGCUUCAGUGCAGUGCAUGUGGUAAGGAUGUGGAGUACAAAAAGGCGAAAAAGAUGAUACCUUGUGGGCAUAUCACCUGUUCUUCAUGUUUUUCUUCAACUAUCUCUGCCGUCUCGCCCGAUCGAGCGCACUCGCAAUGUGUAGCCUGUACCACCAAUCUUACGACUUUCGAGCGUGUCAAGAACAUCUCAUACGUCGACUCUUGUGGUCACCUCGACUAUUGUGACGGUCGCUUCAGCAGAUACAACAUACCUGUGGCAGAGAACGUCGAAAAUUCAGUUGUUAUGAGAAUUGACAAUAUCGCUUGGGAUAUGACUCCGGAGAUAGUUGAAGGGUUCUUGCCACCGAAUACCUUGUCCGAACAAGUUCCUCAAGCCAUUCACAUCCCUCUCAACCGAUACGACGGUAAAACAAAGGAUUAUCUGUACAUCGAGGUAGCAUCGCUUGACGCUGCGAAACAUAUCCUUCAAACUCGUCAAAACAACCAUAUGCCCGGUGGACCAUUGACAGGAGGAAAGAAAAGACCUGUUACGAUUACAAUCGUCUCUCACAUUGAGCUUGUUACAGAACUUCGACCACAUACACCUCAAGAGCUCCACUCUCUCCUAAAUCUGUGUCAUAUGGCUUUGGGUCCUCCUACACCCGCUUCGCGCUUUGUCAAAUCACGUCAUGGACCUUUCUACGCACUCAUGUCAAUCAUGAGCAAGCUGAGUGGGAAAGGUAGUCCAGCUUAUUGGGAUUUGUUCCGUGAGCGAACAAACUAA